UUUGAACUUUCUUCUGAGAACUGUAUCAAAUGUGAAUAAAUUGAAGUAACAUUUGUGUACAUAAUAGUGGCAACUUCUGGGAUUGUCUGAUGUACUGUAGCUGCUGUGAUAUGAAGAAUAUGUUGAGGAUGAGUAGUAUUGGUACCCAUUGUAUUCUGGGACUGUGCAUUCGUUUUGCAUUAAUAGCCUAUGGAGAGGUACAUGACAGAUUAUCAGUCGUACAAUACACUGAUAUUGACUACCGUGUUUUCACAGAUGCAGCAAGGCACAUGUUAUUGGGGUCAUCACCUUAUAACCGUCAUACAUAUCGUUACACCCCUCUUCUGGCUGCAGUCCUGACUCCCAAUCUCAUCCUGCAUCCUGCAUGGGGAAAACUUCUAUUCUCUAUGGUGGAUAUAUGUGUUGCAUUGUUAAUACAAUUCCUAGUUAUAGCGCAGGGUUCAUCUACACGUGUGGCCACAUGGUGCUUAAUGGCUUGGGUCUACAAUCCCCUGGCGAUCGUGAUUGCCACACGUGGUAAUGCGGAUUCUAUUUCUGCUAUGUUUGUGUUGGGGACACUCCUGUUAUUAGAGAAACAGUAUUUCAUGUUGGCUGGUGUGAUGCAUGGGUUAGCUAUUCAUGUCCGUCUGUACCCUAUUGCAUUCAGUUUGGCCAUGUACCUUUCUGUGCAUAAAGACAGGCAUAUAUCUCUCAUGAAAGAGGCCUUUUGCAGAAAUGCUGUGAAACAACUAUUAUCAGACUUAAAGCCAACAUGUAACCAUGUCAAGCUUGUGUUGGCAUGUUUGGCAACUCUGGGCAGUUUAACAGGUAUGUGUUACGCAUUAUAUGGAUAUCGUUUCCUAUAUGAGAGUCUCUUGUACCAUCUGGGUCGACGAGACAUUCGCCACAACUUCUCUGUCUAUUUCUAUUUGCAGUACCUUGGGUCUGAUGCUCCAGCUGGUUUAACCCAACGGGUGCUCACAUUUGUUCCCCAAUUAAUUUUGUUACUGGCUUUAUCAUGGGCAUAUGGAUGUCGGCGAGAUCUUCCAUUUUGCGUACUGUCCCAGGCAAUUGUGAUGGUGGCAUACAACCCAGUUCUCACUUCACAGUACUUUGUGUGGUUCCUGUCCCUGGUGCCACCGUGCCUGCCAUGGCUAUCCCUGUCAUGUCAUCAGGCCAUUGCCAUUACAGUUCUCUGGCUGGCUGCCCAACUGGCAUGGCUGCUGCCUGCAUAUUGGCUAGAGUUUCGAGGCCAGGACACAUUUGUGUACUUGUGGCUGCAGGGUAUAGCUUUGUUUUGCGCUAAUGUGGCCGUGCUGGGACGAUUCAUCCGGGCAUACCAGCCAAUGAAGAUAGAGAAGUUGAAAUGAUUGUAACAUUAUAGCGUUAGCAGUCAGUCUAGUCCACACACCCUUUUCCUGUUUGUAUGACAUGUGACAGUACUUAAUGAGUAACAAAGUUUAGUUCUGUAGCAUCAUUGUUGUUCCUCUUGGUCUUCGUCUCUCCACUCUUUCUCUGUUCCUUGCCUUAAGCUCUAGUGUUGGCUCACAUGGCAAAUCUCUUUUGGAUGAUUUGAUUCAGGGAUGAGAUUGACUGUCUUUACUAUAGUCUGUAGCUGCUUCUAGUUAUUUUCAUGCGUCAGAUCAUGUAAAUAAUAAAGGCAUUGAAAACUUACUUUGGAUGCAAUAAAUAAUAAAAAUAAAAUAUUUUGUUUGUUGUGGUGUUCAGUUUCUCUUGGACAUUUCAUGAACAUAUUUUAUGAAAUUAAUGAAGCAAUGAAAUCACAGUACAAGAUAAUACUGUAUUGUAGCAUCCUGCUGCACUUUUCCAUUUUAUUGUAAAUUUUAUUUUACAAUCUUAUGUGCAACUAUUUAUUA